UUAUGGAUCGAUUAAAAAAUUGUAUAAGGAAAGAUUUUUUGGAUAUAAUUAAACAAUUUAUGAAUCAGAUGAACAUAAGAUUCGCAAUAUUUUUACAGUUAUGGAAUGAUAGAAAGUUUUAUAAAAUUUUCGAUGGAAGAGAAAGUUUGAGAGAGAAGCUUAAAUUUAUUGAAGAAUGUCUUAAAAUUUCAUUGGAAUUUUUUCUUAAUCAAGGUAACUUUCAAACUCAAAUUUCUGGACUCUAUUUAUCAUAUUGUUUGUACAAUUGUCAAACACAAACGCCAAAAUUAAAGCUUAGAUUUACUUUACAACAUAUGCAAAUUUUACCAAAUUUUAUUGAAAAAUUAGUAACUCAACAUCAUCACGAUACAUUAUAUAUAUUGUAUCAAUUAUUCAGUACAGGCGCUAUAGAUUUUGUUUUUUUAACUGAUGAAGUUCAUUAUCAUUCUCAUAAAAAAUACACAGACGAUAUAGAUAAUCAAAAUUUGGAGGAUAUACAAAUGAGUCAAACCUUUAAACCAUUUCUUGAAAAUAUUAAAGAUUUAUCAACUAUACACGAGCAACAUUUUAAUAAUACUCAAUUAAUAUUUAAUAAUUUUCCUGAAGUGACUUCAUUUAUACAUCUAUUUAAUUCCAAUUUCAUCGAAUCAUAUAAAGGAAUUAUUUUCGAUGGGAUUAAAAAGUUGGAAGAAGUAAAUAAUCAGGUAUCAGAAAAUAAAAAACCCAAGGCUUCCUAAAUUCAAUACCUGAAAGCCAGCUAAUAUAAUAAAUUUACAGUUUUUAGAUAAAAAUGAUUGUUUUUACACUAAAUUUCGUUUUUUAUAAUAUUAAAAAAAAUUUAAUAUGAGGUAAUAUCCUAAUACCUAAAAUUUAAGUUGAUGGGAAUUAUGGAUCUGCAAGGCAAAUUUUCAACUAGACCAAAGGGAUAAACCAACCCGAACAUAAAAUCAAAAUAUUUAUUUUUCUGGUAAGGAAUGAACAAAAUUGUAAAAUAAUAUAAUAUUUAAUUAAACCAUGAUAAAAUUCAAAAUAAUAACAUUAAUAUUUCCAAAACCAAUCUGACUAGCUUGAAAGAAAUCCUCUGACAAGAUCUAACCUGAAAUAAAAUUUUUACAUAACCAGAUUCAACCCACUGGUCGGUGUGUUCGGAAAAGAUCACUCGUGAAUUUUUUUUAAAAACUUUAAUAUUGACUAAAAAAUUCAAAUGAUAUUAUUUUAUCUAAUUUAUAAUUUUAGAAGACAGGUGUAAUCUGUCUAUUUUUAUUUUUAUCAGGAUAUGUAAUUUUCUUUCGAAAUAAAUAAUAUUUCAAUA